AUGUGUGCGUAUGCUUCAGAUGCGGGGCUUCUUUGGUGCUGCGAUCCGCACGAUGAGUAUGUAUCAACCCACUCGCCCGGCCAGGACGUUUGCUAACUAACGAGCCGAUGGUGAACAGAUAUUGUUGGGGGGGCACGCAGGCGUGUAAAGGGAACAGAGGGGGGAUGGAUCAGAUUUAUUGUGAGAAGGGAGGAGCUAGUGAGUUGGCGAUAGCCUCCUGAGAUUCUUGGGUCAAUAGGUGAAUGGUGGUAGCUGACUGCGCAUAGCUUGGUGUUGCAAUAAGAAAUACGAGAGUUGCACGGAUGUAGAAAAUCAGAUAAAUAUCUGUGUCCCAAAAACUUUCAGGAAUCCCGUUGCAGAUGGGCCGGUCUCUCUGGCUUCAGCUUCCUCCACGUCAACAACACCAUCUUCUGCAUCUAAGACAUUCACCAGAUCCUCAGGAGUAUCAUCAACAAUGGCUACGAUUUGGAUACCGGGGGAAUCUGCUGGUCCCUCGGAAACUUCGAUUGGUUUGGGAGGAAUUGCUGCACCAUCACCAGCACCACCCGGAAAAGAACCUGGAGUAGUAGUAAGUGAGCCGUAAUCCGCAAGCAAUACUUCACAAGUAAUAGAAACGUCGAGAGCUAACCCCCAACAGUCAUCCCUCAGUGUUGGCGCAGUAUCCGGAAUUAUCCUAGGAGGGGUAUCCGGAAUAGCGCUCCUAUCCUUCGCCUUAUUCUACCUCAUCAGGCGCCGUAAGAAGCUUUAUGUGGGUAGAGAUGAGGGAGUGAAAGGGCAAGAGAUAGUCCAAAACAGAACCUGGAGCGACAAGGAGACGUUCGUAGGGUCUGAGGUCAGAUCGUACCCGGUUACCAAGUGGGAUUCGCAGAUUGGGGCCGGGGGCGGAGGAGGGCAGGGCCUUGAGUCUGCCGGGUAUAGCUCACCUGUCUGGGGGACUGCAAUUGCUGAUGUGAAUGAGCUGGAAGCAGAGGUUCCCGUGUCGGAAAUGCCUGCUGGG